AUGGUCAAGAGGGGAUACAGGUAUGUCGGACCAUCCAUACAUGUCCACUUGUGGAAAUCCACCUGCGGCUUCUUCUCCAGCACCGCAAUCAUCCCAUCAGACUCCGCCACCCGUUCAAACACCGGUGCGUGGGCCGUCCGCCGUGCGCCACGGAACAUGGGACUGGAGACUGGAGACUUCGAUGACACUGCGAUUCUGUUAAGGUUGCCCCUGCACCAGGACCCGGAGUAA